UCCUGCCAGACGUCGCUGCGGAAGGACCUGCCUGGCUCCUCUGUUCUCUCCCUGCCACAUCUCACCCCCUGCUGCUUCCUUCCACCCUCCUGCUUGGCUCAGCCACGGAAUGGCCAUCCCCAGACAGUUCCUAAAGGAUACUCGGGCACUGGUGAGGGAAUAUUCGCCAGCUGGACGAUGGGGCGCAUGGGGGUGGGCUGCCUGGCCGCACUGGUCGUGCUGUGUGGCGCUCUCGGGGAUGCUCCCAGCAGAGGUUUCUCCUAGAAAGAGGACAUCACAUCAACCUCUGUGUCCCCCAGGCAUCAAAUGUGGAGGGGUGCUUUCAGCACCCUCCGGCAAUUUCUCCAGCCCCAAUUUCCCAAGACCAUACCCCUAUGAGACGGAGUGCAUGUGGCUGAUUGUGGUGGCCGAGGGCUCCUCUGUCCUGCUCUCCUUCAGCCACUUUGAACUGGAGUACCAUGCUGCCUGCGCCUAUGACUACCUCCAGGUCUACAAUGGGGACACCCGAGACCAGGGCAACCUCCUGGGCACCUUCUGUGGCUGCAACCCUCCGCCAUCCUUCUCUUCUGCCUGGCAUGUCAUGGCUGUCAUCUUCCACUCUGACCGUCACGUGGCCAAGCGUGGCUUCACCGCUGCCUACCAGAAAGAUGCCUGUGGUGGGCAGCUGACAGGGCUGUCUGGGGAGAUCACCAGCCCUCGCUACCCUGAGAGUUACCCCAAUGAUGCCGAGUGCCGCUGGAGGAUUGGGGGAGCUGGUGGCAGUGGACCCCUCACCCUGGUGUUCACUGACUUCCAGGUGGAGGGGGGACAGGGCUGCAUCUUCGACUAUGUGGCCCUUUUUGAUGGCCCCACUGCUGCUGCCCCACGCCUGGGACGCUACUGCGGCAGCACCCGCCCACCUCGCACCAUCUCCUCCACCCCGCACCUCCUUAUCCUCUUCAAGUCGGACUUCAACAUCGGCGGCAGAGGCUUCAAAGCCCAUUUCUACUCAGGUGAGUGUCAGGAGGUGUUCACCACCAUCAAAGGGAAUUUCUCCAGCCCCCGGUAUCCCAACUUCUACCCCAACAACCUCAAGUGCCAGUGGACCAUCCAGCUUCCCCCAGGCUACCGGGUGAAGGUCUUCUUCUUGGACAUGGAGCUGGAGGGCCGGAGCAGCCUGACGGGCAGCUGUGACUAUGACCACCUGGCUGCCUUCGACGGCAACACUGAGAAUGGGUCCCUGCUGGGGCAGUGGUGCGGGCGGGAUAGCCUGGUGCCUGUCACCUCCCACAGCAACCAGCUGCUGCUGGUACUCCACACUGACCGCAACAUAGCCAAGAGGGGCUUCUCCAUCGCCUACGUGGGAGUUGUGCCCAUGAAUGUCAGCUGUACCCGGACAGACUUCCAUAUCCAGAUCCCUGUGCAGUCCUUGGCCCAGCUGGGGAGGAAUAGAGUUUAUCUGGGGACACCCUCCUGUGCAGCUCAUGUGGUUGGUGGGAACUUUAAAAUCCAUACCAGGUUUGACACCUGCGGCACUGAAUCCCAGAAACGCAACAACACAUCUGUGAUCGUCAGCACCCUCUACAUUGAUUUUUCAGCAGAUGACCAGGAAGAUAUCCACCAGUAUGAGGUGCAGUGUGAGCCAAAGAGGAAGGAAGCCUCAGUGAACCUCAUCGCUAGCCCUGACCCAUCCAGGGUCAGGCAGGCAGAAAACCUGGUGGAUGUCCAGCAGCGGGACGGGGGAGCAAUGGACUCACGUGAAAUCAGGACCCAAGACACCAGCGACAUUGUCUUUAUCAGCAUCUGCAUCCUGGCCGGGCUCCUCAUGGUCGUUGCAGUGGUGGGGCUGGUGCUUCUGUAGGAAGCUGCUCCCCAGAUCUCCAGGGCUUGCAAUCCACGCCCUUCCCAGCAUGGAAACACACCCCAAAAUACAACCUUACCCCAGGCUGAUAUCUAACACAGCUGCUCAAAGACACACUUCCCAGGCCUCAACACAGAGCCUGAACCCAACCUCCACCUCCUCUCAGCGCCUGAAAAAUCUGGGCAAUAGACAGACAUUUCUCUUCCCAAUUUGUUUCCCUCUGUCUCAAUCUGUCCAUUUGGCUCAAGAAUGCAAUUCUUGCGCUUCCUAACUCUUCCCGCACCUGCUUCAAUUUGUUUUCCCUCCGGUGCUGCUGCUUUCCGGAAAGUGAUGUUGUUUGCUGAUGGCUGCAAAUCAUCCUGUGAAUUAUUUCUAGCUGAAUGCUUGAAGGUACAAACCAUCCCCAAAUAUAACAAUAUUCCCAACAAAUGUUUUCCACACUCCUGCCCGUGGCAGGGUUACCUUAGGGCUGCAUUAUAGGUAUCUCCACUUGACAAGUAUAGAUGUAGCUCGUGUAGAUGUGAUGUUUCUGAAUGUCCGUGGGCAACGUGAUGAGACACAUUGGCCAUGCCCUGGAGCUCCUCAUUUGAUCUUCGCAUAUCAUCUAACCUACCUUUUUCUUGCAGGACCCACCUCAGUGCUUCAGCCACCAGCAGCUGGGGAGAAGGAGAAUGAUCUCUCUUCUCUUCUGUGUUUUCCUCCUUUCCAGAAAAUCCAGGCAUCCACUGCUGUGAACUCAGUACCAGCAUCACUCCUGGAUUCUAAAACCAUGAGAAAAUCCUGCUGGGGCUUCGCAGGCUGUGAUGAUGUGGAGCCUGGAGAGACGUUGAAGCAGGGAGGUUUUAGUAACCUUGUAAAUAUGGCCUUGGCAGGAGGGGCUCCCCUGGGAUCUCAGUGAUGCCAAACCUGCACCCUUAGUCCCCACAGAAAGUGAGCUCAGCAGAUAAAGACAUGAAAAUAGGAGUCCUGUGGUCACCUGCACUUCCAAAGGAAACUUGGGUUCCUCCCAAAGAACCCUGUUGCUACUAACUUUUGCACAGUCAAAUAACCCCCACCUGCCUCUUGUGCCCGACCAAGGUAAAGGAAAUUUCCUUUAGGCAUCACACAGUGGGUGUCUAUAGCAGAGCAUCCUGUGUUUGUCCGGGCAUGGGUUAAAGCCAGCGUAUGGCAAAGCCAAUGUGAAAUUGCACUGCAGAAACACGGUGAGUGCAACCCUGGGAGCCUGACAGAGAGGCUGCCCACCCUGUGGGCACACUGUGGUGCUGUGAGAUAUCUUAAAAUGUCCAAAUGUGGUCAUUUAAGGGCAAAAAAAAUUGAAGUUGAGAGCAGUGACUAAUACAGAAGCCCUUUUUUUGGCAGCACUACCUCUCUAGGGGAAUCGGCUCUAAGGAGGAUCCUGGCUAUUCCUGUGACAGCAUCGCGCUGCACUUGCUGCGGAAUCCACCUGUGGGAUUUUUAACAGAGGCUGAUGGGAGAGUCCCAUAGGUGAAAGGCUUCCUUGGCCAAAGUCCUGCUUCCUGUGGCUACUGGAAUAGGUGUGUACCUGCUGCUGAGCAUCAGAGGAAGCAGCAAUAAA